AUGUUUGCCAGUAUUUUGUUUCUUGUGAUAUCGUUUCUAAUUGCAUCAGCUGAUAAUAAAGUUGGAGCUAAUAUUCCGAAUUUAGAUGGAUAUUAUUAUAUGUCAAUACCCGAUAAUGAUAAUCAAUAUGUUUUUAAUAUUGAUUAUUCACCUUCUUUCAAUCGACAUAUAGUUACUGUUACUGGACAAUCAUUAGCUUGGGCAACAGCUACAAUAAAUAUAACUAAUGAUACGUCAAUAGAUCUCGUAUGUGAUAAUGGAAAUAUUUUGUCUGGUAUCAUUAGUUAUUCAACAGAUUUACCAACAAUUUGUUGGCCAAAAUUCAAAGAUUUUACAUGUUGGAAACAUCUUCUAUCAAAUAUUACACGUAUUCAUGUUAUUAAUAUGAAUCAUUUAGAUGUUGGUUAUAAUGGUAUUCCAACAACUGGUUUUAUAAAUAAUAUUCUUAAUAUAUAUUUUCAUCAAUAUUUUCCUCGUGCAGCUAUUUUAGCUGAACAAAUUCGUCGAAUAUCUCCUUAUGAUACAUUUGUAUAUACGACACAUCCUUGGUUACUUAGUAUGUUUUUUGAUUGUCCAUCGAAUUUAGUUCUUGCUGGAAUUCAAUUAAAAUGUCCAUCAAAAGAUGAAUUAGAAUUAAUUGAAAGAGCAAUACGUACUGGUGCAAUCACAUGGCAUGCUGGCGCAAUGAAUAUGCAAUAUGAAUGGAUGGAUGAACGAGCUUUAAAUCAAUCAUUAGAUUUAUCUGUUUCAUUAGCAAAACGUUUUAAUGUUCCUGUUCCGUGUGUUAUUAGUGUACGUGAUGUACCUGGUAUACCAAUCGCAAUUAUUCGUUCAUUAAAUCAAUAUUUUUCACAAUAUUGUUCGUUUAAAUCGAUGGUUACAGUAGGAGUUAAUGCAGCGGUAACGGAUGUUGAUGUACCAAAAGGUGUAUUUCGAUGGGGAACAAGUGAUGAUUUAAGUGUACUUGCAACAUGGCAUGUAUUUGGUUAUCCAAAUAAUCCUGGUUCAACAUUUGCAAGUCCAGGUGGUUUAUCACUUGAUGAUCUUGUUAUAGUACCAGAAAUUGGUAUUGGUUUAGCAUUUGCAUUUCGUACUGAUAACCAAGGACCACCAAUGUCAAUUGCUGAAAUACGUCAAAAUCAUGAAAUUCUUCGUCAAUCAUAUCCAAAUGCUCAAAUAAUUUCAUCAUCUUUUCAAAAUUUUCUUGAAGAUAUAGCUGGUAUCGCACCUGAAUUGGAAUUAUUUGAUCGAGAUAUAUCAGAUUCAUGGUUACAAGGUAUUGGAUCAGAUCCAAAACGUGUUCAACAAUAUCAAGCAUUACAAAGAGCAUUAGCAACAUGUUUUGAACGUAAAUUAUGUACUACAGAUGAUGAUCAAUUAGUUAAUGCAAGUCGAUAUCUUAUUAAAAUUCCUGAACAUACAUGGGGUUUACCAUCAUUAUAUGAUGAAAUUAAUUGGAGUAAUAAACAAUUUGAAAAAGUUGUUAAUACAAUGCAAACAUAUAAUAAUUGUCGAUUAGCUUGGCUUGAACAACGAAAAUUUUUUGAUUUAUACUUAGAAACUGUUAAUGAUCAUCCACUCUAUAAUUUAAUACAACAAGAACUUCGUUCUGCAUUUGAUAAUGUUAAAAAACCUAAUUUAGAUCAUUUUAAAGCUGUUUCACCAAUAGAAACAUUCGUAUUAUUUCCAAAAUCAUCCAAUCCAGUCCAUGUUUCAUUCGAUAAAAAUUUAGGAUCAAUUUCAAAUUUAUCGCGUAGUAAUACUAUUUAUUGGACAGAUAAAACUUCUCAAUUAGGAACCUAUGUUUAUAUAACAUAUAAUGAAACAGAUUUUGAUCAUUUAACCGAUACAUAUGGAAAUCCAGGUUAUGAUAAACCAAAUUCAACUGUAAAUGCUAAGCCUGCUUCACAAGUUUGGUUACCAUCAUUGAAAAAAUUCUAUCGUUCUCGAACUGAUGACAAUACUUUCCUUGCUUUAUUAAAUCUUGAUAGUACUACAACUGAAUUAUAUGGUGGUUUUGGUGAAAUAUGGUUAACAUAUAAAUUUCUUGAUGAAACAUCUCUUCAACUUGAAUGGAUGGGUUUAAAUAAAACUGCAACACGUCUUGCUGAAGCAUCAAUGAUAAAAUUUUUACUUCCAAUGCAACCAUCUUGUUCAUUAAUUCAAUAUGAUACAAAAGUUGAUGUUCAACAAGCAGCAAAUAAAUCAUCCUAUUUUCAACGAGGUGUCGAUACAUUUUCAUGUCAAACAAGUUUAUCAUCAAAAUGUUUUGUUACACUCAAUGUUAAAUCCUAUGAUGCACCUAUUGCUUGUCCAAUAUUACAAGGUAAAGAGCCAACAGCUCUUCCAUUUCCAGCACCAGGAGAUUCACCACCAUUAGAUGGUAUGGCAUAUAAUCUACAUAAUAAUGUUUGGGAUACAAAUUAUAUUUAUUGGUAUCCAUUAGUCAAUGGUGAUGAAUCAUGGAGAGCUCGAUUUUUAAUAACUUUUGAUGGAUCAUGUAGUUAA